UCCGUGUUGCACAACAAGAACAUUUUGACAAUGUUGAGCACAUUUGGCAUAUAUGUGGUGCUUGCGCUUGCCGCGCAUGUGCAGAGUUUAACAACUUUGAUUUCCUUUGAUUGAGACUCAGCUGGUGUAGAAGUUGCAUCAAUCGGCAGCUCAGGCUCAAGAGAAACACGGGAAAAGACAAUUCGUGAAACUGCGGCUGCAGGCACAUAGUCGGCAUAACCCCAUGGCCAUUCUGAGGUUUGCUUUGGUGUCCUUAGGUGCUGCGGCGUUGCCACAGUUCGCCACUGAGGAUGCUGCCCUCCGAAAUGCAACUUGUGACAUGAACAUUUCGCUGCAACAGGAGGGCUUUCUCCACGAAUGGUGUAGCGGAGCAACCUCGAAAGAACGUUUCCCUGCUUGCUUUCCCAAUGGAGUACCAGAUUGGCAUCGGGAAAACAAUGUCAUUGUGCGCUUGCCAGAUCCGAGCAGUUGCGCUGUGGCCGUGUCAGAAGAAUGGGUGGUCUCAGGCUGGUCUUGGAAAUAUGUCCAGUUGGCACCUGAAGAGUCUUUCAGUCUGAAUGUCAGCGACUCAGAACAAGCCUUCUUGAAGUUGAUCCGUGGAACGGUGCUUGAUGUGAACCAGAUUGGUGUGCAGAAUGCCGAGGGGCACUGGGAGACUUUUGUGGUCACACCGCCAAACACGGAGCGAAGCUUGCAGUUGGACCAUCGCUUGAAGUCUAUCAAAGCAGGAUCAGAAGGCGCAGUCUUUGCACUCAUGGUGGUUCCUGUGGAGCUUUUCAAUGUGCCAAUCACGGCUAUGGAUGCGGCUCCCACCACCACCAUCAGCGGACCCUUCUCGGAACACUUUAAAUGGACGAAGUUUGCCAACUACUUCCCGGAGGCAUUCCCAGAUUCCUUGGAGUUUUGGAAUCUUGCUGGCAUUUUGCUUCAAGAUCAUCAUGGAGAUCGCCUGAAUUACAACCAGUGGUGGACUCAAAAGCAAACUGAUGACACCGAUGGAGGCUACCACAACCAUGCAGGAACCCCGCGGAAUGGCACCUUUGGGGAGUUGCACAUGGUCAUGUACUCUGCCGCACCCAAUACGGGCAUGAUUGUUCAGCUGCCUCGCACAGUGUACACUGAGACUGUGCACGCGCCUGAGGAAAUCCCAGCGGACAAGAAGUUCUUUUGGAACAACCGAGACAAUGACUAUGUGCAGCUCACUCUUCCUUUGCCUCCAGGAUAUGUUCAUGGUCCGCUUUGGUCUAUCAAUGUCACUGAUGGUGAGCCAACUCGUGAUUGCAUGGGUGCCGUCCGCUACCCGUGGCAUGGCCUGGUGACUGGUCCGAUCAGUGCCACUCCUGGAUCUUCCUCUAAUCCAGCCAGAUACACGCUUUGGGUUGUGUUUGAGCACGCCCCUGAGGUCAUCACUGUGCCAACCCCAAUGCUGCAAUAUGUUACCAAUGCAUACUUGCAGAAUGUGGUGGACUGGCCCACCAAAGCCUGCGCAGCCCGUGAGGUUGAGUCAGACUUGGGGGAAGAUCACAAAGAUUCAAGCUACUCAGCUGGCACCACCUUUCAUGCCCUUGUGGCUUUGGUUGCUUUGUUGGCAUUCAUGAAGUGAUCAGCCACCGAUUGCAUGCAAUAGAAAUGCAAGUGCACAGUAGUGGCGGGUGGAGAUCCAAGCAGCUCGCUCUCAUAGGGAUGAGCAGUUCACUGCACUUUAAGGCAUGUAACGUCUGAGUCUAAGGAGCUUUUUUUGGAGCCUAGCUGUGGGUGGCCACUGUCAAGAGAACAGGCGCUGCCAAGAUUUUUGUUGCAUGUUUAUGGCUGCGCCAACUCAACCUGAUUCAUGGAACCCUAUAUAAAGUAGACUAGUCCCAGUCCCAUGCAAAUGAGGCGCAGCCGAAUCCUCCUGACCACUGUAAAGACAGGGGAUGACCAAUGCUUUCGCUCACAUAUCCAAACGAA